AUGUCUCGUCUGGUGAAGGAAUAUGUAAAAAUAGCAGACGCUCUUAAAAAUGAUCCCACUUUCUCUCACAUCCUUACGUUGGCCCCAGUAUCUGAUGAAAAUCUCCAUAAAUGGGAAGCCACACUGACAGGACCACCAGAAACGGCUUACAACGGCCACAAAUUCAAUUUACAAAUUGAUAUCGAUGAUGAGUAUCCUUUGAAGCCGCCCCGCGUUCAAUUCCAACCGCAAACGGCGCCUCACUGCAACGUAGAAUUCGAUUCUGGUCGCAUAUGUCUCGAUUUACUCGAAGCCAACCACUGGAGUCCAGCUUGGGACUUACUACACUGCAUACAUGCCAUUUGGCUAUUACUUGCCAAUCCAGAGCCAGACUCGCCCUUGGAUAUCGAUUUGGCAUGUUUGGUCCGCGCCAAAGACUACACCGCGCACGAUGCACUUGUAAAGUAUUAUUUGAAUGGAGGAUCAAGAGGACCAGCUACAAGAUCUAAAAGAUGA